AUGGCGUGCCCUUUGUUCGCAGAGGUGGCCUCCAACCUUUCCAAACGCGCCCUCUUGAGCUGGGGUGCGAGCUGCCGUCAGGGUUUGCAUGAGGCCUUCGAAGCUUCCGGGGAUGCUUGGUCCUCUGUAGACCUCGCAUCCUGGUGCCCGGAAGAUGGCGGGCGGGGCGACGCGGACUUGAAGGCCUUGAGACGAAUUCCACCUGGCCGCCUACGCUUUCUGAAGCUGCAAGGACGCUUCACCGAUGGCGGCCUUGCACGCGUUCUGUCCCAGCACGGUGGGCUCCGGGAGCUUUCGCUGGACAUCCGAAAUGGAAGACUCGGAAAGAGGAAAGCCGGAGAACUGUCAGAGCUAACAGGGCAAGCCCUGCUCCCCGCAAAGAAGCUCCGACGCUUGGAGGUGGCAGGCUUGCCAUCUGCUGUCGUAGCACUCGCAGGCGCCAAGCGCUUGGCGCCGGAGCUCUUUGAGCUAGAAGAGCUUGUGUUGCACAGCCCCAGUGAGUCUGAUCUCAAGGCUGUGCCAAUCUUCACGGGGCUGAGGGUAUUGGAGGUCGCCCCAGCCCCACUGACCUUCGACGAACACGGCUUCCUACGGCCUGUAGGGGACCGCCAGGGGCUGCUGCAAAUUCUCCUCGCUUGCCAGAAGCUGGAGUCCGUUUGCUUGGCUGGGACGUUGCUGCAGAAGGAGAUCUUGGAGGCCCUCCUCCAAUUGCCAGCUCUCACGGAAGUCGUGGGCGUCUUGGCCCAGGAUGUGGACGAGAUCUUGGUGCAGAAUCUUUUAAAGAAGUGUGCAAAGAUUGCUCUGGUAGUGCGGCCGUUUGCGCAAGGUGUGGAGGACUGGGACGAGGAGGCCGCCGAUCUGCUGCUGGGAGCCUCGUGCCCAGAAGUCUGCACUGUGCUACGCAUGGGCACCAGAAUUCCCACAGUCGCGUGUGCUGAAGCAGCCGAGUUGCUCUCCGGGGCAUCCAGGCUGCAGGGAAGUGCCCCGAUCACCGCAGCGGAGGUGCGGCAAGCCGCUGCCCUACGAGAGGGAGAGCCGCCAAGUGAAGCUGAGGCAAGAAAGCGCCGAAAGGCAAUCAAUGACCAGCCGCUGCCGGUCGUCGACGGCACAGAGUUUCUCAUGCUCGAGCAGGAUGGCUGGCGAGGAGUCCUGGAAGAGAAGCCCAAGCUGGUGACUCGUGUCAGGAUCCCAGGCGGAGAGCAGUUCGGCUUCUGCGGCCGAUGCGCGCGGGUCGGCAGCAAGUGCUCCACCUCGCACGUCUCAGCGCGAGCUUCGGCGAGGUGGGAGCCGCUGAGCAUCACCGAGAUUCAGGAAGCGGCGCCGCUGGCACCGUACGCAAAGACCGUACAGCGGGACAUUGUGACAUUUGCAUGUGAUGCACAAGGGAUCUUGCUGGCUGCCAGGAAGGUCCAAGGAGACUCAGAUAGGCUUUACAAAGUUUGCGGGGUCUUCCAGGGUUUCACCGGUCCAGGCAUUCCCAGCAGUCCGCAGGCACAGGUACAUGUGCUUUACCUGCACCAGCCAGCCACAAGCAAGUUGCAAGAAAUGCUCGACCCAGCGCAGAGGUGGGCGGAUGCAGUGAGCGAUGUCGACUCUCCGAUUGAGAAUCUUCCGCCGGCCAUCGGAAGGAAGCCCAACCCGAAGGCCGGCAGCACCGUGGAUAAGCUCGCGUGUGCCAUCAAGAACACAGAUGUUGUUCCAUUUUGCGCGAGCCGCUCCGACUCCGGUGAUGAAAAUGAGUCCUUGUCUGCAUUGGAUCGACUGGAUGUGACUUCCUCCAAAGCGACAGAGGCGCCACAUGAUGCCAAGAUCCAGCAUGCAAUUAGUGCAAAGACCAUGAAUACCAUGAGCCGCCUGGCUAUAAUGACUCCGAACCGUCUUCAUGGAACGUUAUGGGAGACGACCAAGAGGAUCCGGCGCCUUGAUGUAUCAGUCGAUUUUUCUUUCUCUUGCGGUAUCGAUGUCAGCAUCCUGAUGUUUGUAAAGCUUGCUCGCGCGCACGUCUCGAAGGUUUCACGCGUGAUUCUGUUGGACGUUAUCCCCGUGCCUCGGCGUCUCAUGCCUGCAGGAACGCUUGCAUGCUAUCUGCGACGAUCUCAGGCAUUGAUCAUCAUCAUCAAUGGCGUCGUGGUUGGCCUCAGUGCAGACAUCUGCCCAGAGCACACUGCCUGGGUCUGGGUGGCCCUGGAGUUGUUCUUUACGACUUUCUUCACGCUGGAAGUGAUGGUGAAGAUGAGGCUCUUCACGCUCAGGGGCUUCUUCUUUGGAGCCGACUGGUACUGGUCCUGGUUCGAUUGCUUCUGCGUUGCCUUGGCAUACCUGGAACUGAGCAUGAGCCUACCCGAAACCGGUCUCGGUACGUUGGGCUGCCCGCCUGUAGAUCCGACGGACGGUGGGUCACUGGGAUUUUUGAAAACACUCAAAUUGGCCCGCCUCGGCCGCAUCGUCCGCCUGUUGAAGUUCAAGAUCUUCGUAGAACUGAAGAUGAUGCUGCCUGCCAUGACAGUAGCACUGUGCAUGGUUGCCAUGGCAGCGUGCACGAUGUGCUUAGCCAUACUUGUUGCAUCUGGUUGCUGGGUAACAUGUGGGCGGAGCCUAGAUGCCUUUAGCUUGCAUCUAAGGCAUCUACCUCCUUGGAGUGACCUGCAGAACGCUUUAUUCAUAUCGCCGAAUGCAAUGUUUACAGUUUUCCGAUGCUUCACUGAUGGCUGCGCAUCAUACGACGGCAGACCUCUUCAGGAGAUUAUCCGACUCUUGGGGAGCACAGGUGGAAUUUGGAUGAUUGGCUACACCCUAGUGUUUCUGUUCAUCACCAUCGGCAUCUUCAACUUGAUCAUGGCGGUGUUUAUUGACAAUGUCAACGAUGGAAGUGUCAAGAAGAAGCAGUUUAACCUCGGCCUGUCAGCCGACAAGACAGAGCUCCAGCUUGCUGAGACGGUGCAGAGUAUGUGCAUGAAGUCGGGAGUCAUCAAAAGCCUCCCUGAGGAUGAUUCGGAUGAUGAAGACAACGUGCUGGCUCGGAAGAGCACAGACGGAUUGCAAGAAUACGAAGGCCGGACGAAUCGGACGCUUGGCCGAUAUGGGAGCGCGGGAUGCAUCAUCACAAAGAGAACCUUCAACAAGUGGCUGCUGCAGUCCAGUGACCUUCUACAGACUCUGGACGAUACAGAGAUUGCCGUGAACUUAGCCCUCCGGAGCAGCACAGCGACGCACAACUUGAUGGCAGCACAUUGCGUUGUGAUAGCUUGCCAAG